AUGCCGAAAACAAGCAAUCAACCGGAGAACAGCCAGUCUGACAAACCCCUAUUCUUCUACAUGCCCGAUGCCGAAUGGGGAGAAUUCUGCCAAUGGUACAAGUCCGACUUCACAGUCUCCAAGGCAGAGAUUUCCGCCCUGGUUGGCCACAUCGUAGACGAGGCAGACCCUGAUGGCACGGUUAUCUUCAAUUGUGCUGAGCAGUUCAUAAUGUACUGCAAGGCCGCAAGGUUCCACGAUGCCUCGACACAGGCGGGCGUGCUAGCGACGAGUAGCCCAAAGGAACAAAAGACACUGGGGAGGAACGUCACUGGUUUCACGAACGAGAGUUGGGACCAAAUCAAGAGUCCCGUCGCCGAGACAGGCAACAAAGCAAAAUUGGGACAGAACACACGCCUGGGCAGGAAGCUGAUAUCCACGGGCGAUCGUUUGCUAUGCGAGGCUGCCUCAAAGGAUCGCGUCUGGGGAAUUGGAUAUACCGCUAAGCAUGCCUUGUCUCACCGUCAGCACUGGGGCGAGAAUCGAUUGGGCAAGGCUCUCAUGGCGACGAGAGAACAUCUGAGGAGCGAGGAGGCUCGCAACAAGAAGCCUUGGGAGCAUUAUGAGUGA